AUGUCGGGAGUAAAGGGGUUUUGCUUAGCGACGUUAGCUCGGGCACUUUAUGCGCACAAGCCUAUCGCUGUUCUGGAUGAUGUACUGAGCGGCCUGGAUGCCGGCACCCACGACAUCGUCACCACGCGUGUCUUCGGAGCUGAUGGACUGAUCCGGAAGCUGGGUAUGGCAGCCAUUUUGGCCACUCAUUCUGUGAGCCUAUGCGCCGUCGCGGACCAAACUAUCAUACUUGACGACCAAGGACAAAUCAUUCAGCAGAGCUCCUCUGAGAAUAUGGAUUCUCUUACGCCACAGCUAGCCGGAGACAAUGACUCUUCGGUGAGCUUAGGAGAUAGCCCACCUCCUAAGAUUUCAGCUGGUGAAACCCAGGGCUCAAGCACGAAACGAGAUGACAGCAGACAGGUGGGCGACUUGUCCAUCUAUCUAUACUACGUCUCGUCAAUGGGAUGGCUCAGCUUCGCCUUGUUUGGUAUCUUCGUAACUUCGAACGUGGCAUCUAGCACCUUGCAAUAUGCAUGGGUCACACUAUGGGCCCAAAGCAGCGACGGAUCGCAAGCAUCACGGCUCGGCUACUGGCUUGGGUUAUAUGCACUUUUUGGCUCACCAAGCAUCAUGCUUGAAGCUUUUAUGCUAGUAAAUAUACCCAGCUACAUGUACGUGGUGAUCGUACCUAAGUCUGCACAGUCUCUCCACUUGACUGUGCUUCGGGCAGUUGUACGAGCUCCAAUGUCUUUUCUCGCCAAGACCGACACUGGGGUGUUGGUUAAUAGGUUCAGUCAAGACAUGCAGUUGGUUGACAUGACUCUACCCGGGGCACUCGUGAAUGCGAGCUUUCAGCUUGCUGCGUGUUUCGUAGUUGCAGCGUUGGCCAUUGUCGCUGUUUCCUACUUCGCAGCGGUACUGCCCUUUGUCGUCUGCGCUCUCUUCUGCCUCCAGCGCUUUUAUCUAAGGACAUCUCGGCAGCUUCGACUACUAGACCUGGAAGCGAAAGCACCUCUUUAUUCUCACGUUCUGGAGUCUCUCCAGGGCAUCGCCACUAUCCGAGCAUAUGGCUGGACGAGCAACCACAUCGCCAAGAAUAUCGCCAUCCUCGACAGGGCCCAGAAGCCUUAUUACUUGCUCCUGUGCAUUCAACGAUGGCUGACUCUUGUAUUGGGACUGACGGUCGCUGGGCUCGCGAUACUGCUCACCACCCUAGGCGUCACGCUCCGCAGCAGACUGGACGCUGGUUUCCUCGGCGUUGCCCUUGUCAGCAUGAUGAAUAUUGGCCAAUCCUUGGCUGCACUUAUUACCUUUCGGACCUUGCUUGAGACGUCCUUGGGUGCCAUUUCGCGCGUGAAGACUUUCUCUGAGGAUACCCCGACCGAGAAACCUCGCGAGAUUAUGGAUUCAAGAAUGAUCGCUGGCUGGCCGUCUCAAGGAUCGGUGGUCAUUGAGAAUUGGUCGGCUCACUAUAAUGGUCACCCCGUGCUUCGCAACAUCGAUAUUUCGAUUCAGGCUGGGGAGAAAGUUGCCAUAUGCGGCAGGACAGGAAGUGGCAAAACCUCACUUCUUUUAUCCCUGCUUGGCAUGGCCGAGGAGUCUACCGGGAAGAUUGUCUUAGACGAUAUCGAUCUUGCAUUAGUACCUAAAGAUAUCACCUGCUAG